UAAGAGUGUGAAGAAUCCCCACUUGGAAUCCGCCGGCGAGCCGAGGCUUUUGGGCCUCGUCGGGGUAUUUCCCUCUUAAGGACUCUCCCCAAUCUCUUCUUUUGCCCCCGUCGAUUCUUCGUCUUUCGUCUUUUGUUCUUCUAUCCCUUUCCCCUAUCCGGGCUCGAUCUUCUGGUCGUCAUUCUUUUUUUUUUUCUUGAGCGUCACCUCCUUUCGGCUGCUCUUUUCUGUCUCUUCCUGUUCGAUUGAUAUAUGCCACGAUGAGCAAACUUGAGAACCCCCUCCGCCUAUUAAUGGCAGUUCUCAUGCGAGUGCCCCUCAUUCUCAAGACAAUCCUCCUUCAUGGCAUCCGUCUCUCGCCUGUCACCGGAAAACAAGAUUUGCGCACCGAGUUGACCGUCGCCAUCAUUCGCUCGAUCAUCGUCUUUACCUCGCCAGUCGGCAAGCAGCAGAAAGACAGCUUGCGGGACCCCGGUAUCAGGGGUCCUAUGUGGGUGUCCAAGGUCACUUUUCCUCGACCGGAGAAUAAUGUCCAAGAUGCGGUCAUCAAAGCGAUCGAGGACCUGAAAGUGGGUGACGAGACAUACAAUAUUCCAGGAGUCGUGCCAGUCGAGGCCGAGUGGACGGGAUAUCGCAGUGGUGUAGGUAAGAACGCGCCUCAGCCGAAUAUCUCAGAAGAGGCCAAGUAUGAGGAGCUGCGGAAGGAGUCCAAAGGGGACAUGGUGAUCCUGUAUCUUCAUGGGGGCGCUUACUUCCUCAUGGAUCCUUGCACCCAUCGCCCGGUCGUAACCCAACUGUCGAAGCGUACAGGCGCUCCAGUCCUGUCUGUGCGCUACCGUCUCGCACCCCAAAAUCCAUUCCCUGCUGCUCUCAUCGACGCCCUCGUUGCAUACCUAUCGCUUAUCUCUCCACCUCCGGGCUCUCUCCAUGAUCCUGUCCCACCCAACAAGAUCAUCUUCUCUGGCGACUCGGCCGGAGGCAACCUCUGUUUCGUUCUAUUGCAAACCCUCCUCACGCUCCGUCGUGUCUGCCCCACCGUCCACUUUCACGGACGAGACAUUCCCAUUGAGCUCCCUGCCGGUGUAGCCACCAUCUCCCCCUGGUGCGACGUCACCCGGUCCAUGCCCUCUGUCACUCAUAAUUCCGUCUACGACUUUCUCGACCCUCCAUCCCAGAACCCAGAGGUAGCUUAUCGCCCACUCGCUGUUCCCGAAGACGACGUCUGGCCUGUCAAACCACCUCGCGUCGAUCUCUACGCGAAUGCCAACGCCCUUCUUCACCCGCUCGUCACCCCGAUCGCCGGCCGCCAGGAGAUUUGGAAAGGUGCUCCUCCGAUCUUCAUUGCCAUGGGCGAGGAAGGUCUUUCGGACGAGGGUCUGGUUCUUGCCCGCAAGAUGCACCGCGUGGGUGUCCCUGUCAUUGUCGAGCAAUUCGAAGGUAUGCCGCAUUGCUUUGGGAUGAUCAUGAUGGGAGCCCCCGCUAGUCGCCGGCUCUUUGACAGCACUGCGCAGUUCUGUCGCGAUGCCGUCGCGGGCAAUCUCACAGCUGCCAUUCCCACGUCUGGGAAUGUCACCUUUAUCGGGUACAAGCUGCGGUAUACGCAUGAGAUCCCCCUCGAAAAAGCCGUUCCCUUGACAGAUGAGGAGGUCGAUGAGGUCUUAGAAAAGAAUGCCCAGUGGCGACUAGAGGGAGAAAAGGAGCUGGAACAAGAGUGGCUUGGGAAGGCGAAGCUCUAACUUUUCUUCCUUUUAUAUAAGCGUUAAUACUGUGCAAGUUCGGCGUUGGAUUGUUUUACUUGCUAUACCCUAUUUUGUUUUAUAUAGACUGUAUUCAUUGUAUACUAGUAUUCCUGUAUAGAUAGACAUGCACAUGCAAACGAU